UAUUACAGUUUAAGCUGCAAUGGUAAUAUCCUUAUCUCUUCUCUCCAAGUGAUAGACAGAGACAGAGACCGAAAUCCAAACUAGAAACAUGAACUCCUCAAUUUUCACUCCAGUUUCAUCACCUACUAACACUCUUUUGAAGCCAAACACUAAUCCUCUUCUUGGAAAUUUUCUAGCUUCAAGGCCACUUUCACCUCUCAAGAGAAAAGCUUCUUUGACUACCAAAGCUCUCCUCUCGUCUACCAAAGAAAAAGUCUUGAAAGACUUCCAUGAAAGAAGAGCACUCAAGAUUAUCUCAGGUUUGCAGAAUUUUAACAAAGAAAAUGUUGCUUCAGUUGUUACUGCUGCAGAUAAGGGGGGAGCCACACAUGUGGAUAUAGCUUGUGACCCCGAAUUAGUGAAGCUUGCCAUUAGCUUAACUUCUCUUCCGGUCUGCGUUUCUUCUGUAGAACCAGCAGCAUUUCUAGCUGCUGUUGAAGCAGGGGCAUUAAUGGUCGAAAUUGGGAAUUAUGAUUCGUUUUAUGACAAGGGAGUGGUUUUCACCCCCGAGCAGAUAUUAAAUCUAACAAAAGAAACUAAGAGGACCCUACCAUCUGUGACACUAUCAGUCACUGUGCCUCACACACUAUGCCUUCCUGACCAGGUCAAGCUUGCAGAGUUACUGGAACAGGACGGUGCUGACAUUAUACAAACUGAAGGAGGAAAGUGUUCUAGUCCUUCAAAAUCUGGUGUUCUUGGUUUGAUUGAAAAGGCCACACCAACCUUAGCUGCAGCAUAUUCGAUUUCGAGAGCUGUCAAGAUUCCAGUUAUGUGUUCAUCUGGACUUAGUGCAGUAACAGCACCAAUGGCAAUCACAGCAGGGGCUUCUGGUGUGGGAGUGGGAUCAGCAGUUAACAAGCUGAAUGAUGUGGUCGCAAUGGUUGCAGAAGUUAGAAGUAUUGCAGAUGCAUUAGGCAUCCCAUCUGGUAGACAAGCCACGACAGAAGAAAGAACUUUGACCGUGUAAAAUGUGGCAUUGAUCGUUUAUUUAUGAUUGUGGAGACAUCAAUUGUCCAAGAAGGCAGAAAUAGAAUGCCAUAAUGCCAAGAAGUCGUCCCGAGUAAUGCAAUGACUAAAUCAUAAGAAAGUAGCAAGAUAAGACGGGAGAGAGAAGAAAAAAAAAACUACGGGGAAGAAUCAAGUCCACUAUUAACCACCUUGUAACAGUAACAUUUCCUGACAGAUAUCCUAUCUUUGUUAUUUACUUAAGAGUUAAUUCACAUUGAUUAUCAA